CAUAGAUUAGUGCGGCGCAUAUAAAGAAUUAAGCACUUGACUGCGACCUAUACCAAAAUAUCAACCCUACAUAGAUGCACCACGAUACCAAUUGAUACCGCACUUUGCAUCCCUCCCCCCCCCAACCCCCCCAACCCCCCCAAAAUGACGCAUAUGACCAAUCCCCUCGCGACUGUCGACCAGCUAUACCAGCGGACCUCCUUCAGCGCGCUGCCCUCCGACCUCCAAGACGCCAUCUUCUUCGCGACCCAACGACUGACCCAAGCCGCCGGCAUUCUACUACGGCUCCCCCAAUCCGUCACGGCGCAAGCCAACGUCGUCCUCGCGCGCUACUGGCUCGUCGAAUCGCCCCUAUCCUACGAGUUCAGCGACACAUCCGCCGCCGCGCUCUUCCUCGUCGCCAAGCUCGGCGCACACCCGUGCCUACCCCGCGAUGUCUGCAAUGUGUACGCGUACCUCCUAUCUCCGAACUCCGUGCUCUUCAAGGGCGGAGGAGAUAUCCAUGGCAAGGAUAAAGAAGGCCCGUCACCAUCCAACCUCCCCGGAAUCCCGUACGCCUCCUUCCAGUCACGUAUCAUGGCCCUCGAGGCCCGCAUAUUGUACUCCCUGUCCUUCAACACGCACGUCGCGCUGCCACACCCCUUAGCCAUCACAUACCUGCAAGCGCUAGACUUCCUCGGCCUACCCAGGGCCGAGAUCGCGGGACGCGCCGUCGCGUAUCUCAACACGGCGCUCUUGUCGCCGCAGCUGCUGUAUCUCACGCACCAGCCGCACGCGCUCGCCGUCGCAGCGAUAUACUCCGCGGCGCGCGACGCCGGGGCCAAGAUGCCGACGUGUGCGUGGUGGGAGGUGUUCGACGUGGACCGCGAGGAGCUCGGGUUCCUGGUUGUAGGCAUGCGCAGCCUCGAGGGCUGGGUGCGGACGCAGCUGGAGGAUGAUGGCGUGCUGACGAAGGGGAUGGUCACGCGGGCCUAUGUGGAGGGAGAGAUGAGGAAGAGGGGGUUAAGGAUUGGAAAUGGGAGUGCUGGGGCUGGUGAGGAUGAGAUGGAAGAUGAGGAGACGGCACUUAUGCGGCAGAUGGAUGAGAAGGCGGCGCAACUAGAUGAAUGAGGGCUGGAGCUAGCUCAAUGUCUAUAUGGGCUGAACAGGACCUACAAGGGCGCUGGGUACCGCCGGCUGACUACUAUAACUUCAUGCUAUCUAUAUCCGAGAGUGAUUGGAUAAUUAUAAUAGUAUACUAGUUAUAACCAAGCUUAUAGUUGGCCUUUUAAGGCUGAAAGUACGAACUUAAGUCGCCCCGAGAAGCUAUAGGGAUAGGAGAAGACGAGAAUGUAUUAAAGAACAAGGAGUGUUUCCGUUGCAAGUCCUAUGUAACUGAUUAUGGCCUCUCCUAAAGAAAUUGACAACCCAUUCUCCCUCCCCCAUACGAAGGCAACCCUGCCUAUUUAGACUAACUACCGUCCAGCGUCGGGUUGAUGAUUUCCAUAAUAUUGCCCUACUCAAUGAAUAGAC